AUAUUUUAGUUUGAUUUCUGAACGAAGUGAACAUUUACGACAGGGCGAAACAGAGGCAGGGAAGUUCAAUUUUUUGUCGCAACGUGUGCGUUUAUGAACACAACGGUUCUAUGGCUGUUUUUUUAUUAGAGUUUACGUAGGAAAUUAUUAAAUACAAUCAUGUUCGUUUAAUAAGCAAUUUAUUUUAUUAGUACUUAAUAUGGAAGUGUCGAGGGCCGAUUCUGAAUUACCAAAUAAAAUGGCACAUUUAGACAUAAUGGAAAUAGAUGAGACCUGUGCGAAUGUACCUGAAGAGAUUGUGCAAGUUCCGGAUUUAUCAUCGCGAGUUUUAAGGAAAAGGAAAUCUUUAGUUCCCGAAAUUACUAAAUCCUCUAAUCGCAGGGUAAACAUGAAACCUCGGAAACAUGUGAUGGUAGAAAACGCGAACCCUAAACAAAUAGAAGCAUUGUACCUCAAUAAAAAGGUUAAAACACUUUCUCAAACUCUAGAGACGAUUUACGAAGAGCCGAAAAGCCAAAGCAGUAAUUCGGAUGCGCUCAUCGGUGGUCGCAAAAUAAAAAGACUGCUGACAUUCCAACUGGGUAACCAGUACACUAAAGAAAAAAUUAAGAAGCGCAGAGCAAAGAUAAAGAAGUUACUUGGAAAUAAGACUUUUAUAAACAGAAAAAAAAUCCCAAUGCAAGUAUUUCUGAAGACAAUAGAAUGUCUUGAGCUAGAUGAAGUAGUACAGACUGAAACUGUCCCACCUGAUAUGUAAGGAUAACUUAGUACAAUGCUUGUACCAAUGGUACUUAUAUUAUAAUGUUCUGCAACAUUAUUAAUCAAACCUUAAAUACAGAACAAAUAAGUACAAAUU